ACCCGCGAACCCAUCCCCCGGACGGCCACCGCCGCGAUGUCGUCGCCGGCAGCGACCGGGCCGUCCUCCUCGGGAGUGCCGCAGCCGUCGGAGCAGCAGGGCGGCUUGAGGGAGCGGCGGAUGGAGUCGCUGGGGUGGCUGACGGAGUCGGCGGUGAUGCCGAAGAAGCACAAGGCCAUCGAGGGCGUCGGCGCCGCGUCCAUCCUCGACCUCAAGGCCCAGCUUUACCGCACCCAGGAAGAGGCCCGCAAUCCCAUAGCCCCCGACGCCGCCGCCGCGGCCUCCGGCGAGUUCCGCCGCGCCAAGAAGCGCUCCGCACCCACCGACCCCCUCGGGGCCAAGAACUCGGGCGUAGACGCCAGGGCCCACAAAGAUAAGUUGGAGCUGAAAGCCGUGAAAGAUGGAUCUGCAAGCUAUGCUGCUCUAGAAAAGAAAGCAGAGUUGUAUGAAAAGUUAUCCAGAGGCGAACUACCUGAUGAAGAAGACAAGGAGAAAUAUUGUGUGGAUUUCUUCCAAAAAGGCUUUGAUCGUGCCUAUGAGCCUCAGCUGCCAGAUAGCCAUGGGGCCACUGAUGCUGCAGAGCCAGAAAAUGAUCAUGAAGAUCCUAUGGCAAAUGCCAAACCGAUGGGCCUUGGCCGAACAGGCACUACAAUUGACAGAGAUGAACACAAGCGCUUUGUCAGGGAGGUUCAUGAGGAGGUAAGUGAGGCAAGGCAGAAGGCUUCAACAGUGAGAUCUCGGCGACAAGAGCAGGAUGCUGCUCGUAGAGAGAAACUCAAGCAAGCUUACUUCAAGAAACGGCUGGAGAAGUUGAUUGCUGAAAAGCAGGCCUCUUCAGCCACUGAACCUACCAGCUAGCUAGUGAUGUCCUCACAUUUUUUCCAUGUAGCAGCUGUAACAGUUCAUGCAAUCAUGCAACUGAUAUCGGAAAUCUGUUUUGCCAGUAUUUCUUUGACCCAGUAGAGUCAAAUUCACCAAAUGAUGUUUGCAUGUACAGUUGGUUGUGCAGAAUAUUGUUGUAUACAAAUCUAGGCAAUGUCAUCUUGAUUCUCGAGUUAUUUGCUAGGCCUUCAGUGGA